AUGAUCAAGCGACGCGUAAAGCGCGCCUUCUCCGAACUGCGAGGCGUUCCUCGCUUUCUUAUACAUGCAAUGGAUACCAUCCUCGAUGCAAAGCUCGAUGAGCCCGUCGAACCCCAGUCUGCGCCACACAACCUGGACGACGAUCGUACAGAAAUUUUUCGACCAUACGACAUAAAGAAGCGACGGUCUUUUGUCUCUACACUGCUGUCGACUCAGACGCGCCUGGAAAAGCUUGUCUUUCCGGACGCCACAGACCUCCCUUGUGCUCCCGCAGCGGCCUCUAUUGUGGCUGCCGACAAAAAAAAGGCCACUGACUUCGUAGCCGCCUAUGAGGCAAUGUGCAACGAGCCCCUUGACAUGGAGGAGGCCUACGUCCUCCUGUGUCUCACCAAGGGAGACACAGCCGUCAAUCCACGAGAAGGCCACACCUCGGAGUUUGAGACAAUCCUUCCCGCAACAACCUCCCAAAUCGCGGUGGCUCCCCAACCACAUGCCAGCUACGAGUUACCCACGUUGACCACCGAGUCCGACUUUCAGGUCACUCCCGUUGUUUCAUGGGAACCACCCGCCGACACUUCUUGUAACGAGCCUUCUCGGAGUGGCGAGGCCACUCCCAGCUUGUCCUACGCAGUGACGCCUUCGUCUUCCGAGACAUCACUAGUCUUCCCUAGGAGUGUCCCUCAGCCUUCGGGAUUCAUCGCACCGGCUCACGACAUCGUCCAUGGACAAGUUGUGGACCAACUGUCUCAGGCCCACCUAUGUCAAGAAGAGCCCACAGCCCCGUAUCCUGACGCAAUUUGUGACUUGAGCAGGGACGGCCCGAAGUCUCUUCCAGAAUGCGAUUCCGAGCUCGAUAUCGAUAUGUCAGAUUCGUUCGUCCAGGAGGAGGGCCAGUAUGGAGCGGGUUUCGUGCAAGAUGCCACGUACGGAUCGUCAGCUGCUCUAGGACAAACGAAGGACUUUUUCACUAUGCAGACUCCCAUUGGAUACAACACAUGGCCGGUUCAGUACAAUGGAUAUCUCUACCCAGAGAUGGCAUAUCUGCAACAGCAACAGCCUCUCGCCCUAUCGACGGAGCCUUCCCUGUUUACUGUGUUCGCUAUACCCGCCGCUCCGGUGCUAUUCACCGAUCCUGCCUUGUCUACCAUCUCUGCACCUGCGCCUUCGAUGUUCUACCAUAGUCCGCCCAGUGCAUUCCCGACGAAUUUCUACGGACCAUCUCCAACAGCCCUGGACGUCACAAGCUCGCGCUGUGUGAAUUACGAUCAGGACGACCCGAUGGAUUAUCAUGCAUACGAUGCAAUGGAUAUAGAGAAUUGGACGUACGAUAUCGAUAUGACGACGACGACAAGGAGCUCCGCCACGACGGAUGUUAUGGAUGUCGACGACUCGGGUUAUUGUGCGCUGUUACACAGUGAGGACAUUCCCUUGAGCGCGGAUCCUUACUCUGCUGGGUACGACAACGACGAAGAAAUGGCCGAGCAGGCAUCUGAGGUGCACCCGGCCGUCGUGCAUAGCAUCACUCCUCUCUCUACGUCUGUUACACGCAAUAGACCGCAGCCUCCCAGAACGCGUAGACAUGGCCGGCGUACUGUUGGCGGUAACAACAAAGGUCAGAAGCUCGACGAUUUGGAAGACUACGAUUCCGACGACUUCGCCGUGAAGUUGGAGGAUCAGCUUACCGAGGUAGCCGAGGAGGAUGUUCCCUCUCCCGACAGCAUCAAUGCUGCCGAAACGGAUGUCCCUGCGCCCGACAGCCUCAACGCUACCAAAACGGAUGUUCCUACGCCCGACAGGACUGACGUUGCCGAGAAGGAUGUUCCUGGAGUCGACAGUACUGAAGUUCCCACUGCUAUCGGCGAGACAGACCCAACGCAGGUGCCGCUCGAAAGGGACCUGCGGAAAGAGGCUCAUAGCUUCCUCGACAGCCUGGGAAAGCAAAUGGUUGCUGCACAGGAAGUUGCGGCUACGGAGACUCAGUCUAACGGCACGGUAAAUCCCACCGAAGUUGAAGCUGUGGUUGCGGGAUCGAGCCAGGAAUCCGGUACGAACAGCGAUCAUGAGAUCAUGGACAAAGCGACUGAACUCCUGUCGGCUCAGAGGGAAGAGAGUGAUGAUCUCCCUGACUUCACCGAAGAGGAGUGUGAGGUGGUUUUGAAGGAAGAUCAGGCUACGGAGAAGCCUCAGCAGUGCAGCGAAGACGGAGACGGCAAUGUCGCCGACGACGAAGCGAUCCAUGAUGAAGGUGAACAGGACGGGGAUGAAUGCAGCGACGAAGACGAUUAUGACUCUACAACUGAAGAAGAAGAUUGCGACGAAGAGGAGAAUAACAUAUAUGAUGAACCAGACGAGAAGGAGCAAGGACAGGCGGCGCCCAAGGACGUUACCGGAGGAUUCGUUCUCAACUACUAUCGUCGGGGGGGACCAGUGCUCCCAGCGGCCUACAUGUCUAGACCCGCGGCGAAAGUGUCAACCCCGUCUGUGGGCAAGGGCGCAACCGACGAAUUAUCUGCGAUGAUGGCGCGGAUGAAGCCAGUGUAG